CAUACAGAAAGAUACACAUCUCUGUGUAACUUCAGCAUUGAGCAAGUUGGAUUUCAGAUCCAGUUUGUUUUCUACGGCAUUCGUAAAGUGUUGCAAGGGGGUGAUCGAUCAUGGAGGGUUCACCCAGGAGGCGCUCAGCUGUGAAUAUUUUUAGCAACUUUUUUCAGGGUCGGAGGCAUUCUUCCUCUGAUCCCUUUCUCCGCAUACUCCAAAGGCGCCGGAGCUCAGUUGUAGAGGUCCUCUCAUCAUCCACGCACCGUGUUAUGGUGGCCAUAUCAUCUGUAAGCCCUGCAGAGCUGAAUGCAACUUUUCCUGAGAAAAAAAGAAAUUCAAGGCGUCCAACUGCAAAAUAUACUAAGGUAGGGGAACGCCUUCGCCAUGUCAUUCCUGGUCAUAUGCAGUGUUCGAUGGCAUGUGGUGGACGUGCUUGCAAGUAUGAAAACCCAGCUCGAUGGAGUGACCAAGAGCAAGCUAUUAAAGGACUUUACUCUUCCUGGAUAACAGAUAAUAUAUUGGCCAUGGCUCGACCCUCAACAGAAAUUAUUGAGAAGUAUAACAUUAUUGAGCAGUUUCAAAGGUGUGACAUAAAAACAGUAAUUAACCUUCAGCGUCCUGGGGAGCAUGCUAGCUGUGGGAAUCCGCUGGAACAAGAAAGUGGCUUUACCUACCUUCCUGAAGCUUUCAUGGAGGAUGGAAUUUAUUUUUAUAAUUUUGGAUGGAAGGAUUAUGGCGUGGCAUCUCUCACUACUAUACUGGAUAUGGUAAAAGUGAUGGCUUUUGCCUUGCAGGAAGGAAGGGUAGCUGUUCAUUGUCAUGCAGGACUUGGCCGAACAGGUGUUUUGAUAGCUUGUUACUUAGUUUUUGCAACAAGAAUGACUGCAGAUCAAGCAAUUCUUUUUGUUAGGGCAAAAAGGCCUAAUUCUAUUCAAACCAGAGGACAGUUAGUGUGUGUAAGAGAAUUCACUCAAUUUUUGAUCCCUCUAAGAAAUGUGUUUGCUUGCUGCGAGCCCAAAGCACAUGCAGUUACUCUGUCCCAGUAUCUGAUCCGUCAGAGGCAUCUGCUCCACGGUUAUGAGAGUAGACAUCUCAAGUAUGUGCCAAAACUUAUUCAUCUAGUUUGCAAGCUGCUGUUGGACUUGGCUGAAAACAGGCAAGUGAUAGAGGAAGAAUUGUUAGAUAUACCAGAUCUCUCUUCUGAAAUUGAAGAGGCUGUUUCUCAGUUGGACUCUACACAGCUAGAUAAAGAGUUAACAAGACAGAACAGUGACACAUCAGAGCCAUUCUCCCACUCAGUAGUGGGAAAUGUCACUUUUGAGACCCAGGAUUCUGUUUUCUCCCAUGAACACAAAUAUGAUCCUCUUUGGAAGAGGCGGAAUGUUGAAUGCCUUCAGCCUUUGACUCAUUCAAAAAGACGUCUAAGCUAUAGUGACUCAGAUUUAAGGAGAACUGCAUUUCUCCUGGAACAAGGAGAAACUCCAUGGACAGUGCCUGCACAAGUACCAUUCUUUGACCAACUUAAGCAGCAGAACACUAGGGAACAUUUUCUCUCUUCAGGCAUUCAAUCUCCUCAGCUGGAUUUAAACAAAGAGGCCUUAGUUCGUAGUACGUUUAUUUUCUGGAGUCAAGGUAAAUUCAGUUUAGAUGGACAAAACAAUUUCUAUACAAAAAAAUCGCCAAAAGAAGUGCAGCGUAGUAAAACCUUUUCCUCAGGUUUUGAACGUGUACACAAUGACAGGGAAGCAAGAACAUCAAAAUGUAGUUCUGCAAAGGACAUUGGUCACAGAAAGAAGCGAGAGACUAAUGUAUAUGGCAGAAGAGUUUGUGCAUCUGAGGACUCUGAUAAUUCUACUUUAGAAGAAGAAUCAUCUAUUGGAUAUGAAAGUCAAGAUAGUAAAGAUCUAUUGGAAGCAGUUCCAUGCAUUGUUUUGCAAUCAGAAUUAAGUCUGGACGCACGAAGAAUUUUGGCAGCUAAAGCCCUUGCAAAUCUUAAUGAAUUUAUGAGCGAGGAGGAAGUGAAACAGAAGGUAGAAAUGUGGCAGAAAGAACUGAAUUCUCGAGAUGGAGCUUGGGAUAGAAUUUGUGCCGAGAGAGAUCCUUUUGUCCUUUGCAGCUUGAUGUGGUCCUGGAUAGAGCAACUAAAAGAACCUGUUAUAACCAAAGAGGAUAUUGACAUGUUGUCAAAAAAAUGCACAGAAUCACCAGAAACUCUUAACUUACUAGCAAAGGAACAAUAUCAGACUAUUCUUUGUAUUUUCCAUUGUGUAGUGAAUUUGCAGACAAUACCAGCUGAUGUGGAGGAAGCCUUACUUACCCGGGCCAUUAAAGCUUUCACUAAGGCAAGUAGCAACUCGCCCACAAAAUUGUGAUUGUGUUGUAGAUUAUUGAGGAUGAAGUAAUAGUCUUAGUCAAAAAUUUUAGUAAUUCAUUAAUAGUUAUUAUACUGACACUUAUCUGCUUCAAGGUGUAAAAGUGUUGUUGUAGCAAAUCCUUCCCAAAGCACAGAAAAAUAUUCCACACAGGUCAACUGUGGGUGUUGAGUAUUGAAUGGAGUGAAAAUAGUGCCUUCAAUCACUAUUUUGUUAUUCUCUGGCUUCGUUUUUAUGUCUUGCUAGGCCACUUCCACUGGAUAGAAGUUGAAGUUAGACUAUUUCAAACUGGAAAUAAAGCGCACACUUUUAACUGUGAAGAUAAUUCGCCUUCUUUUGUUUGAGUCUCCCUCAGUACUAGGGUGGAGGUUUACAUGGCUAAGACUAUCUCCGGACUUUAAAAUCUGCCCUGCUUUUGAGGCAGCUAUAGCUGUGAAGGAUGGACAUGUUAAAUAUAUUUUUUGUUUAGGAGAGUCACAUAUUACAGACAAAUGUUCAAUUUACAAAUCCUUUUCUGAGCACAUGCAGAGAGCUUAUGCCAUGUUUGUUUAAAAAUGUUUGAUGCAAAAGUCAAAUCAACGAAGAGCUUUUUGUACUCUCGAGGUUCUUCUUGAAAGCAAUCUGCUGCUUUAAAAUCAGUGUAUGUUAGUGUUUCUGUUAUCAGAAACACUAUUUUGGGACCUAACAGGACUUCUGGUUCUAAGAGAUCUUGUGCUUCUCAGAAAUAUGCUAAGCCGUCUCUUCGGUUCUUUCUGUGUCAUUCAGCAACUGCUGUUGCCCUUGGUAGGAGAAAGCAUAGAUCUUCCAACUGUGUUCAACUCCUCAGUAUUGGCCAAGAAGAGAUCUGAGAUUCAUCACGCUGAUGUUUUCAAACUGCCUCCUUCCAAAACUAAUUGGUGCCAUGAAUCUUCAAGGGCUGCGGAAUAUUACUCUGCUUCUUCGGUAUCAUGUUGUCUCUCUCUGGCAACCGAUACCUCUUUCUUAGUACUAACGUGAUUGGUACCAUCUGCCACAGAUUUUUUUAGUAUUGCAUAUUAAGAAGAUCCCAUGUAUUGAGACUUCCAUACUGAUACUGUUGAGAUUGGUUCUUCCCACCUUGGUACCCAUUCCUCUCUUAAUGCAGGUGGCUUUCACGAAUUCUCCAACCACAGCGAUCACUGCAGAACCACAAUCUCCUCACUUAGAUAUUUCUCCAGUAUCAACAGAAUCUACGUCCUUUAUGCUACUGGAACCAAAGAUACUGAUUAUGAAAACCUCCCUGUGACCAUCAUCUGUGGUACCAAUAUCUACUUCUCAGAGAUUGGGGUCUGGAUCUCUGCAGCCUGUUAAAACUCCUCAGAGAUCCAUACCACUUCUGGAGGAGUUCUACUUCUCUGCCUCUUUGUCUCAUUACAGUAGAAGCCCUUCUUCUAGAUUCUUAUCUCUUUUUCCUAGGCUGGCUCCUGAAUGAGACUCAAGAAGGAGUCCUUCUCAUCAUGGAUCCCAUACUUUUGGUAUUUCAUCCCAUAUUGUGGCAUUGUAUGCCUUUCUCAUAUGAGAUGCAGUCUUGGCCAUAGUAGUCAGGGUGGAAGCAUCACCAUUUUCCUGCUCUUUAUUCAUCCAGAUCUGGGUCUAGAAUUAGAUCACCAUCUCCUGACGAACCAUCUAAGAUAGCCCAAAUAUGUAACCAGGAGCUUGUCUAGCAAUUUGAACAAAAACCUCAUACUGAGGAGUAAGAUCUUAUGGAGGAACAUGAGUAUCAGCUGAUUCCUUUGGCUUUUCAUCUUCCUCAUCAGAUGAAGCUGUACCACGAUCUGCUCUUUCCACAGUCAAUUUCAAGGUCUUUCACAACCUUCUUAAAAGAUAGCAGAGAUCUUAGAUACUCCUUGAAGUUGUUCAGGAAACGUCUCACAAGUUAUCCAGCAAUUUGCAUCUGGUUUCCCAGGGUUGAUUGGUUUGGGAAAAUGAUGAGGCUAUCCUUGAGUCAGUUAAAGAUAUGUGGCAGGCUCCUGCAUCUAAAAGAGCAGAUCUUAAAUAUCAAGUUGCCCUAGGGGUUUGAAUAUUUCUCAACCCCUGGCCCCGGGUCUUUAGUAGUAGUAGUAGUGCUCAUGAAAACUUCAAGCAGCCUGGUCUUCCUAAAACUGCAUCUAGGGUUGAGAGCAUAAUCUCUCACAGUUGAACAAAAAACUUCUUCAGGACAUCAGGGACAAAUCAAAAGCAGUAGCUUUGGAAGGACGACAGCUGACAAGUGUCUUUGGAGGCUUCUGACACUGCAGCUAGGACAAUGACUACUGCAGUAACUAUAUGCAGAACAUUCUGGCUGCAACAGUAAGAAAUUCCAAAAGAGUUUCACAUCAUAGGAACAUAAGAACAGCCAUACUAGAUCAGACCAAUGGUCCGUCUAGCCCAGCGCUAGAUGCUUCAGAGGGAAUGAACAGAACAGGGCAGUUUCGAGUGAUUGGUCCCAUGUUGUCCAAUACCAGCUUCUGGCAGUUGGAAGUUUAAGGACACUCGGAGCAUUGGGUUGUGGGUGAUUGAGGACUUUCCUUUUGAGGGCCACAAUCUUUUCAUCCUGAAGACUGAUUAGGUGCUUCAUGCACUGAAGAACUUGAGAGCAACCUUUUGAUUUUUGGCCUCUGUGUUGCAUACCAGAGGAAGAAGCAAACAAAACCUCUGACCUUCUCAAAACAGAGAUUUCCAUUGUCUUAUUCAUAUCAGCAAAGAAUUUCUGAAUUGUACAAGGAAAAAAAACUCUUAUAAGAAAA